AAAUCAACACAUACACCUCAAGCAUCAUGAACCAAACCCAUCGGAUCUUGUGUAUAGGGGUUCUCGUGCGGUUCCUUUUGCCCACGUUGUUUCCGUCCAUUCCCUUUAAGCUCUCCACCGUGGUGGAGUUGGCCACGCCCAUCAAUUCAUACACGUCUCUCCAAGAAGCGUUUUUCUAUCUUCAGCACAGCAUAAAUCCAUAUGAUGGGGGUGUCAACCAUCACCCACCGCUCCUUGUGGCAUUCUUUGGCCUCUUCAAGUCCCAGCUUCCCGACUCCGUCUUUUUGACGGCUUGCAAUUUGCUCUACUCGGUGGUUGACGUAAUAAUAGCAUUGAGGUUGGCCAGCCUCAACCGCUGGUAUAACGCCAGAGUGUCCAAAAAAACUGGCGAGCCAGUGGCGCCAUUGAGCGAUGCGUUGAUGGUUUCGUUCUACUUGUUCAACCCGUUGAUUAUUCUCACCAACUUGUCUCACUGUACGCUUGUGUUUUCACAGUUGUUCAUAAUUGAAUCACUCCACCAAUUGACCUCCAACACGAAUCUUGCCAGAGCCAUGGUCAGCUUGGGGAUCGCUACGUACCUCUCGGGUAGCCCGGUGCUCAUGGUGGUGCCGGUAUUGGCGUUGGCGUAUGUGAGUUUGCCAAAACACAAGUGGGAGAACGUCUACAUUCAAGGUACAGUGGUGUUUUUCAUGACCUGUGGGUUAUUGGUGUUUAUCUCGGCCAUCUGGACGUCGUCAGUGGCGUUCUUGGACCAGUGUUAUGGGGUUAUUAUCAGAUUCGACAAGAUCCAGCCAAAUGUGGGGCUUUGGUGGUACUUUUUCACGGAGAUGUUUGACUUUUUCACACCCUUCUACAUUGGUGUUUUCAACUUAUUUUCCAUGAUAUUCAUCGUGCCACUCACGAUAAGGUUCUUUGAGUACGAGGAUAAAGACCCCAAAAAGGCGUCUGUCAAAACUGGAGAUGCGUUUCUUGCGGUAUACUUGUGCUACGUAUGGAUGUCGUUCCUCAAAUCGUAUCCUACAGUCGGAGACUUUGGCCUUGCCAUCUCUUUGGCUCCUAUUUUCGCAGCCACGGUUCUUCCUUACUGCAAACUCGUAUACAUCACGGCCCUCACACUUCUUGUGUGUCUAAUUCUUUCGCCCAUCUUCUACUACUGUUGGAUUGUAUUGGGAAACGGUAACUCCAACUUCUUCUACAGUAUCAACUUGGUGUGGGGUGGCGUACACAUCUUGGUGCUCAUCGACUUUACAUGGGGUCAGCUUAUCAGAGAAUACUGCCAGGAACAUGAUAUCUCACCGGAACAACGUCAUGUGAUCAGAUUGACCCAGUUAUAGUUAUAGCCAAAAUACAAACCAGUUCGCAUU